GGCGGCGGGCGAGCCGGCGCAGGAGCAGGAGCAGGGGAGAUCAGCGCCGCGCCGCGCCGCGCCAAGGGAGGGAAAGCCGGGGCGAGGCGAGGCGGUGGCGGGAGGAGGAGACAGCGGGGAAAGGUGUCAGAUAAAGGAGGGCUCUCCUCCGGUUUGGAGGCAUCAUGGCCGCUAAAUCAGACGGGAGGUUGAAAAUGAAGAAGAGCAGCGACGUGGCGUUCACCCCGCUGCAGAACUCGGACCACUCGGGCUCUGUGCAGGGAUUGGCUCCAGGCUUGCCGUCGGGGUCUGGAGCCGAGGACGAGGAGGCUGCCGGGGGCAGCUGCUGCCCGGACGGCAGCGGCUGCUCACGCUGCUGCUGCUGCUGCGCGGGGAGCGGCGGCUCCGGGGGCUCGGGCGGCUCGGGCGGCGGCGCCGGCGGCCCGGGCGGCGGCAGCGGCGGUGGCGGCGGGCCGGGCUCGGCGGCGCUGUGCCUGCGCCUGGGCAGGGAGCAGCGGCGCUACUCGCUGUGGGACUGCCUCUGGAUCCUGGCCGCCGUGGCGGUGUACUUCGCGGACGUGGGCACGGACAUCUGGCUCGCCGUGGACUACUACCUACGCGGUCAGCGCUGGUGGUUCGGACUCACGCUCUUCUUCGUGGUGCUCGGCUCGCUGUCGGUGCAAGUGUUCAGCUUCCGCUGGUUUGUGCACGAUUUCAGCACCGAGGACAGCGCCACGUCCGCAGCCUCGGGCUGCGCUCAGCCAGGAGCGGAUUGCAAGACCGUGGUCAGCGGAGGGUCUGCAGCCGGGGAAGGCGAGGCUCGUCCUUCCACGCCGCAAAGGCAAGCAUCCAACGCCAGCAAGAGCAACAUCGCCGCUGCCAACAGCGGUAGUAACAGCAGCGGGGCCACCCGGGCGGGCGGCAAACACAGGUCUGCUUCCUGCGCCUUCUGCAUCUGGCUCCUGCAGUCACUCAUCCACAUCUUGCAGCUCGGGCAAAUCUGGAGGUAUUUCCACACAAUAUACUUAGGUAUUCGGAGCCGACAGAGUGGGGAGAAUGACAGAUGGAGGUUUUACUGGAAAAUGGUGUAUGAGUAUGCCGAUGUGAGUAUGCUGCAUUUGCUAGCCACCUUUCUGGAAAGUGCUCCACAGCUGGUCCUGCAGCUCUGCAUUAUCGUACAGACCCAUAGCUUACAGGCCCUCCAAGGUUUCACAGCCGCAGCCUCUCUUGUGUCCUUGGCUUGGGCCCUGGCCUCCUACCAGAAAGCCCUGCGAGACUCUCGAGAUGACAAGAAACCCAUCAGCUACAUGGCAGUCAUUAUCCAGUUCUGCUGGCACUUCUUUACAAUUGCCGCCAGGGUCAUCACAUUCGCGCUUUUUGCGUCAGUUUUCCAGCUGUACUUUGGGAUCUUCAUCGUCCUCCACUGGUGCAUCAUGACUUUCUGGAUCGUCCACUGUGAGACAGAAUUCUGUAUCACCAAAUGGGAAGAGAUUGUUUUUGACAUGGUGGUAGGAAUCAUCUAUAUCUUCAGUUGGUUCAACGUCAAGGAAGGCAGGACACGCUGCAGGCUGUUCAUUUACUAUUUUGUGAUCCUUUUGGAAAACACAGCCUUGAGUGCGCUUUGGUACCUCUACAAGGCUCCCCAGAUUGCAGACGCAUUUGCCAUCCCAGCGCUGUGCGUGGUGUUCAGCAGCUUUUUAACCGGCGUGGUUUUUAUGCUGAUGUACUAUGCCUUCUUCCACCCCAACGGGCCCAGAUUCGGGCAGUCACCGAGUUGUGCUUGUGAGGACCCCGUCGCUGCCUUCUCCCUGCCUCCAGAGGUGGCCACAAGCACCCUCCGAUCCAUCUCCAACAACCGCAGUGUGGUCAGUGACCGCGAUCAGAAAUUCUCAGAGCGGGAUGGGUGUGUACCCGUCUUUCAGGUGAGGCCCACGGCUCCAUCCACCCCAUCAUCUCGCCCGCCACGGAUUGAAGAAUCGGUCAUUAAAAUUGACUUGUUCAGGAAUCGGUACCCAGCGUGGGAGAGACACGUGUUGGACCGAAGCCUACGAAAGGCCAUUUUAGCCUUUGAAUGCUCCCCGUCUCCCCCAAGGCUACAGUAUAAAGAUGACGCCCUCAUUCAGGAGCGGUUGGAAUACGAAACUACUUUAUAAGACAAAGUGAUUUGCAGGAGCCACAAGGUCCAGAUGAAGGGGUGAGAGCAGGGCUGUGGCAAUAAUGACACUUCAUCCUAGAGUAAGGCAAUGAGCUGUAAUGUCCUUAGUUUGACCAUUAUCAUGAUUAUGGUUUGCUCUUCGGUCAGCUGACUGCCUGCUGCUGGUCUCCUUUCAAACCAGCAGCCCCAAGAGUCUCUAACUCCACCUGAAGGGGCCAUGCAGUUUCAUUUGACUGUCGCUACCAAACUCCCCCUUCAUAGUCUUGGAGUGCAUCUAUCAGAGGGUACUAUUAUUAUGGAAAAUUUUGUUUCUAAACAAUACGGUGUUUUGAUGGAGUUAACUGAUUUUUGCAUAAAUA